AUGACCAAAUAUCUUGAAAAGCUCCGAGAAUCACGAUACCUGUUGGUAUGCAUCAACCUUGUGUUUGCAGUGGCUGCAGUGAUUGGACAAGUGGGGCAGAAUGUCAGCCUGCCACUGUGGAUCAGUGCAACUGCUUCCUUCUCCAAUCCUAACUGCACAGCACUUGAGAGCAGCAAUGAAACUGGAAACAGCUCAAAUACUUCCAGUCCUCCAGAAAUGGACCCUUACUUUGUUCUGAGCAGUGCUUCAAUUUCGUUUGUUAUUAUAUUUGGAACUUGUUUGCUGGUGAUUUUGUCCGUCCAGUUCCUACUCAACAGAUUAUGCAAGGAGAGGCGAUUUCGUUUCAUCACAGUUGAAAAUGAUCUUCUAUUUCCCCAGUGGCAGUUUAUGCUCAUUGGGUUCUUUGAUGCAUUGAAUGGAGUGCUGGUUGUGUUUGCCUCACCGCCCACUCGAACAGCCCCCUUCCUUCAAGCUAUUCUCUCCAACUCUGCAAUCCCACUCACCAUACUGUUCAGGUUUCUCAUUCUGCGUAAGCGGCCGACACUGCUCAAGCUGCUGUGUGCUUGUGCAGUGGUGGCUGCUCUGGUGUUCUCACUGAUACCAGUAGUGGCGCAGUUUGAUGAUAACUCUAAAGGUGGAAACGCUCAGUUCUUUGCUCAACCAACUCUCUCCAGGAUUAUAUGGCCCCUAGUGUUCAUGAUUGGAUUUGUCCCGGCUGCUGUUAUGAACGUGAUUGAAGAGAAGAGUUUAAAGGACACGAGAACUGUUAACUUGUUCUACUUUCUCUUCUGGACUUCCCUGUAUCAACUCUCUGUGGGUGUGUUGUUCUGGGUGGACGUGGUGCCGUGGUAUGGCUUUGCUGGUAGCAUCCAGACAUUUGGGGAAAACUAUUGGUUUGCUAUUCAGUGUUUCUUUGGUGGAGCUGGUUGUAACUAUGUGCCAGGGUUGAGGGGUGUGGCCUUCAUUGCCAUGUACGUGGUCUCGUACCUGGGAGGAGGUCUACUCAUUCGAUACGCAGAGGGAGCGGCUUACCUUGCUAUAGUGCAGUCACUGGUGACCCCCCUGGGAGCGUUGUUCUGGAGCCUGUUUCAAGAAGAUGAUUGUGGUGCAUUCUUGUUCAAGCCGAGUGCAGAUAGUCUCACUUACUUCAGUAUAGGAGGACUCGUGAUUAUGGUCCCAGCAAUAUUCCUCUAUAACAUUGGGGUUGGAGAAUGAAUACCUGCAGUGGACGACUGGGACACUGGGAAAAAUCUGUUUCUAGCCGUAAGGAGCUUAAGAUGCUGUAGUGAUGCCACAAGGACUGAAGUUCACAAUCAGUCAAAUCAUUCAUUGACAUGGUAUGGGACCUGUUCAUCCUCCCUGACGCAAGUGCCUUUCUGAGUGAGCGAAUCGGCUAGAACCCUCUCGAAGUGUUUAACUACAUUUCUAUUUGAUGCACAUAAUUAUUUUUUGACGUGUAAUCAAACAACCAUAAUU